GGCGGGGCCUCCGCGGUACCGUCCCUGCUUGAUGACGUCACUUAAGUUGGCGGGAGAAAUUAGAAAGUGGAGUUUAUGUCAUUGAGCCGGUGAAGUGGAGACUUUUCUCUCCCGUGUUCUAGGCAAGAAGGGUGGACAGACCGGGCGACUUGGCGCGGUUGGGAGAGCACUGGACACUGACUCGCCUCCACGGAAGCGACCCACGAGGCGCCGUUAGAGUGCCGGAGGAUAUAAAUGCUGACUAAAAACUGAUUGUUUUCUGGACCUGACUAGUUUAUAAUCUCAGAAGACACAAUGGAAUGUCAAGAGUUUAUUGUCCUAUAUACUCAUCAAAAGAUGAAGAAGUCCAAAGUGUGGCAAGAUGGAGUUCUGAAGAUCACUCACUUAGGCAAUAAGGCGAUUUUAUAUGAUGACAAAGGAGCAUGUUUGGAAAGCCUGUUUCUUAAGUGCCUUGAGGUGAAACCUGGAGAUGACUUGGAAAGUGAGCGGUAUUUAAUCACAGUUGAGGAGGCUAAGGCUGUUGGAAGCAGAGCUGUUGAACCGGAUGGCUCUAGAGAAGCACUGGAGUCAGGCUCAAGGACGCUUGUAUCCUCCAGCAGGUCUCUUGGGUGUCAGCCCUCUGGCUUAAAAAGGAAGGCUACUGGUUUUCAAAGACCAUAUAAGAUGCCAAAGAAAGUGACUAUUACUGAGAACAGUGAACCUGCUGCCUCACUUGGUGAUGAGAACCCUGGCCCGCCUGGCCCGAGACUUCUUCCCACAUUCUCCAGCACACUUCCUUUGUUUCCCACUGUUGGUCAGAAAGAUUUAACUCCUGUGUCAACGGAUAAUCAGAGUCCCAUCACAUUCAGCAACAGAGAGAGAAGCGACACACCUUUAUCACUUCCUUCUUCAUACUUCAAGAUUAACACAAACACACUAGGUAAAGAGGACAAGCUUUGCUUUCCUGUCAGUUCUGAAACCAAACAUUCAGACUCUUUACUGGCCAGUGAACCCAUGAGAAGAAAUGGUUUAGACUCUCACUGUCCUGGAGUUUCACAAAACGUCAGAAGCAAAGCCCAGAUAUUAGCUCUUCUGAAGUCCAGCUCAACUAACAGGAAGGAUCUGCAUGGUGAGAUUCCAGGACACUUUCCUAAGAUAGAACCACAGGGGUGUUUGAAUAUUAUUUCUAAGCCAGAGGAAGACUAUGCAGAAACACAGAGCAUAGGGAAUUUACGCUGUGAGCAGCAGUCAGAAAAUCCUACAAGAACCACAAGCCGGUGGGCCAGGUAUUUACCUUCCCAGAGAUCACCUCCCUGUUCUGCUGCAGAUGAGAAUGAUACAGAGGACAAACCAGAAGCCCAAGAAGAUGUGAACAUUUUUAACUUGUCUGAACUUUUACAAAAAAAGUCAGAGCUCUUUGAAACAUGUUCCAAAAAGGGAGAAUUACACAGUGAGGACAAGCCAGUAGAUAAUACUUGCCAAUACUGGAAUCAGGAGGAUAACUUAGCACCUUCAUUCUGUAAGAACAGCAGUGUCCUGGUUAGCUGCAGCAGUAAAGAGAAUGCCAGUUUAUUAUCAGAAUCUGACAUUCAGUACAGUAGCAAAGUACCAGUUAAUCAACAUGAGAAGGUGUGGACUCGAGAAGGUUCUCAGGGGGCAGAUGCGGAUGCAGCAUUGGAACCGGAGUAUAGACCAGUGUCACCUUUGCCAGAAAUAGGACAUAAACAAACUGAAGUUGAAGCUUCUCUAAGUACCAGCUCUAGGAUCUCUGACGACAUUGCUGACAUGGGUUCUAAAAGCAAUGCUGAUAGAGAAGAUCUGAAAACUGUUCAUAAAGCUGUGCAACCAUUUUUGGAGGUUUCUUUUAAUCUGAGCAACUUUGAGACCAGUGACACUGAUGAGGCGUCACAAGAAGACAGCAGACUUUCCCAGGAUUCAGAGCGGUGGGAGAAGGAAGCUGUGCUUACAGAUGAUUCUUGUGUUCAGAAGAGCUGUGAGGAUAUAGGCUGCCGAGAAAUUGUAGGAAAAUUGCCACUCCUGUCAUCUACCGAUGACGAGCCUAAAGAGGCCCUCCCUGCUGAUGGGACUCUGUUGUCAGAGUUCUGUGAUAGAACCUGUGUGGGUUUCAAUUCAGGACCUCAUGGAGAUGUAAAAACUGGCAAAGCACUAGAGGGACAGUGUCAUAGUGACACAGGGAGCAGUUUGGACUCGUCGCUGGAGUGGAGUGAGGAUGUAGCAGGGGACAGCAGAGAAGAUGCUAGUCAAUCUAUCCAAGGCAAUGCAAUUAAUUGUGGUGGUGUUUCACCCUCAAAGAAACCCAGAGGUGUAAACAGAAGCUUAUACAGUCCUUAUCUUCUAACCGCAGUCACUGACCCAGCGCCUGAGAACAGUGACCUGCUCUCAGAAGGUACCCAGCUUUUUAUUUUGCAAAGUCACAGAGACAGAAAUGAUGAGCAGGUCUUAUCACCAAUCUCUAGCAGUGACAUUAGUGGCCAGCUCUUGAGUACCACUCAGGAUCACUUUGAGUGUCAUGAACUAGAAGAAUCCAGCACUCAAAUUUCUAGUCCUUUAUUUUAUCCUAUGGGAAUCAAACAUCCUAUUUAUAGAGACAGCGAAGCAUAUAUUUCUGAGUCUAAAGAAUUAGGAAGGAUUAGAAGUUUGCCGUGUGAUCAUUUUGAAGUGGAAACUACACAGAGAAACCAGCAAUCCUGGGCUACUUCUAAAAGUUCUUCAGAACUUUCUGAAGUAAUAAAUAACAUGUCCCUUUUAAAGUCACAGUCUGAGCAUAGCACAGCUUUAGGACACUUGACAAUACUGAAGAAAAAGCACGCCUUUCCACAUGAAGUUCCGCACAGUCGAGACCCAGAUGUCAGUCCUAAAGCCAGGAAAUCACCUGCCAUAGAAGUUUCGCGUGCUCUGCUAGAGUGUCCUUGUGAGCAUCGGGCUUCUCAGCAGCCUGUUGAGUUUCAAGGACAUCAGGUGAAAGGAUCCGCUACUAGUGGUGUAAUGGUCAGAGGACACAGCUUACAGCGAGGAUGCACUCAGUUUCCAGACAGCAUUGACUAUGAAAACUUCCUGACUGAUACUUGUGUUUGGACACCAGGAUUGCCUAGCACUUAUGGGCAGACGGACUUCUUGCAGGUGAUUUCUCCAGAACAAAAGAUCCCUGCAUUGAGCCCUGCACCUACUUUUUCUUUCAACACAAGAAAUGAAGACACUGUGCUUGAGCUCUCUGAGGAGUCUCUGAAAACAAGAACUCUCCCUGGAUUGAAAACCAUUGGUUUCCAGGACAGUAAGAACCUCCAACGGUUUCCGUUUCUAAGUGGAGCCUCAGCUCCCUUUGCCACUUUGCCAGCUGAUGAUGGCCCAGCUGUCUUAGAUCCCUGUUCAUUCAUGAUUGAUGAUGACGCGCGAGAGCCUUCUGGUUCUUCCAUGUUGAACCUGUGUGAAGAGUCAGGUCUUUCAUUCGACCUUGGACUUGAGGGCCAGGGUGGGACUCCAGGAGGUGUUUCACUGCUUCCUAAGAGUUCUACUCAAAGCAAGUGGCUGAAAUAUCAAAACCCACCCCAGUGCAACUCAACUGCUCCGAACAGACUUGCCAGCGAGGUGACCGAGGGUCUCUUUGCUGAAGCGGUGUCUGGCUUGCAUUUUAGCCACACAAGUGAGAGUGAAAGUUCUGUUGACCCUGUGCGCCUGCAGAUGAUAAAAGGCUUGCUCCAUCAACAGCAGCAGGAUUUGGUUUCCAGAAAGCAAGCUUUUUCUCUGACUUUAAAUCAGACUUGCAAGACUCAGGAACAUGAGACUGUGUUAGGAAGCUCUGCCAGCAAGAACUGCAGAGCCAAAGAUCUACAGGAGAUAAAUAAUUCUGAUCUGUGCUUCCCAAAUGGGCAGAAAAUAAUAUCAGCUUAUCUCCCACAAAGGCAAGUUCACAUACCUGCUGUUUUCCAGUCUCCUGCUCACUAUAGGCAGGUCUUUACAGCUUCCAUCAUAGAGCAUCUGAAUAUAUUGCUGUUUGAAUUGGCACAAAGGCUGUACAAAGCACUUUCCAAAGUUGACAUAUCCUUUUAUACAUCGUCAAAAGGAGAGACAAUGAGAAGUGGAAAAAAUAAUUCACCAUCCUGCCACCAUAAUCAACCUGCCAAGCUUGUCAUGGUUAAAAAAGAAGGUCCAAAUAAGGGCCGUCUCUUUUAUACAUGUGAUAAGUCAAAAGAUAAUCAAUGUAAAUUUUUCAAAUGGCUUGAGGAAGUGACUCCAGGACAGUUACCACAGAAUACGUCUCAAUCCACCAUGGUUUUUAAUGAUAUUAAGAGUAUUGGCUCAUAUUUAAGAAGUCAAAAGGUACCAGUCUAUGAAGAAUGCCAGCUUUUGUUGAGGAGAGGAUUUGAUUUUCAGAGAAAACAGUGUGGUAAACUAAAGAAGCUAACUACUGUAAAUCCUGACUUUUACAGUGAAACAAAAAGUAAGAUUUAUCUUAAGCUGAGUCGGAGGGAGAGCUCUUCAGUUUAUAGUAAAGGUGAUCUUUGGGUUAUUUCAAAAACCCUAGACUUUGAACUAGAUACUUUCAUUGCAUGCAGUGCCUUCUUUGGGCCAUCUUCUGUCAAUGAAGUGGAGCUGCUGCCUUUGAAAGGUUAUUUCCCUUCUAAUUGGCCCACCAACAUCACAGUCCAUGCAUUGUUGGUUUGUAAUGCCAGCACAGAGCUGACAACUCUACAGAACAUUCAGGACUACUUUAACCCAGCUGCUCUUCCACUAAUGCCAUACCUGCUAGCAAUGUCUCAGUCAGCUACAGUUAGCAGUAAAAAUAUCAGUAAAAGAAAAUUUAUCCCACCAGCCAUUACAAGCAUUAAAACAAAAACGGAACUCCACCUUGGAGCGACCCUGCAGUUAGCUAGGGAGUUGAUUAACGUACACAGGUUGAACAAGGACCAAGCUACAGCACUAAUUCAGAUAGCUCAAAUGAUGGCAUCCCAAGGAAGUGAUGAAGAUGCCCUGGAGCCCUUCGGCCAUUCCCUGCCUAUCACAGUCAUUCAUGGUGUUUUUGGAGCAGGCAAAAGCUAUUUGCUGGCUGUGGUGAUUCUGUUCUUGGUAGAGCUGUUUGAAAAGUGUGAUUCUGGAACAGUUGGCAAUGCAAGGCCAUGGAAAGUCCUCGUUUCUUCUUCCACUAACGUAGCUGUUGACAGAGUGCUUCUUGGGCUUCUCAGUCUUGGAUUUGAAAAGUUCAUCAGGGUUGGAAGUGUUAGGAAGAUCGCCAAGCCAGUUUUACCCUACAGCUUGCAUGCUGGCUCAGACAAUGAAAGUGAACAAUUGAAGGAACUCAAUGCACUGUUGAAGGAAGAACUGACUCCUAUUGAAAGAGUUUAUGUCAGAAAAAGUAUCGAGCAGCAUAAGCUGGGAACCAACAGAGUCCUGCUAAAGCAGGUCCGAGUGGUUGGCGUUACCUGUGCAGCCUGCGCAUUCCCGUGUCUGAAUGACCUUAAGUUCCCCGUGGUUGUGCUGGAUGAGUGCAGCCAGAUGACAGAGCCAGCCUCCCUUCUUCCCAUUGCAAGGUUUCAGUGUGAAAAGCUAAUUCUUGUUGGAGACCCCAAACAGCUGCCUCCUACAAUUCAGGGUUCUGAUGCAGCUCAUGAAAAUGGACUGGAACAAACUCUCUUUGAUCGGCUUUGCUUAAUGGCAUGUACUUCUAAAAUGCUUCAAGUUACCGCUGGCUGUAGACUGUGUGGGUGGAUGAAGGAUGAAGAGGGCCACAAACCCGUUCUGUUAAGAACCCAGUACCGUUGUCAUCCUGCGAUCAGUGCCAUAGCUAAUGAUCUGUUUUAUGAAGGAAGCCUAGUGAAUGGCAUUUCCGAGAGAGAGAGAAGCCCUGUACUGGAGUGGCUGCCCACGCUGUGUUUCUAUAACGUCACGGGAGCAGAGCAGGUUGAGAGAGAAAACAGCUUUGUGAAUGUGGCAGAAGCCACGUUUACCCUCAAGCUAAUCCAAUCACUGAUGGCAAGUGGGGUAGAGAGCUGCAUGAUUGGGGUGAUAACAUUAUACAAGUCGCAGAUGUACAAGAUUUGCAAUUUACUCAGUGCUGUGGACGUCGGCCAUCCUGAUGUUAAAGCUGUGCAGGUGUCCACAGUGGAUGCCUUUCAGGGUGCCGAGAAGGAAAUCACUAUUCUGUCCUGCGUGAGGACAAGACAAGUAGGGUUCAUUGACUCAGAGAAACGAAUGAACGUUGCUUUGACCAGAGGAAGGAGACACUUAUUGAUUGUAGGAAGUUUGUCCUGUUUGAGGAAAAAUCGACUAUGGGGGCGUGUGAUCCAACACUGUGAAGGAAGGGAAGACGGAUUGCAGCAUGCAAGCCAGUGUGAACCACAGCUGGACCAUCUUCUUAAAGACUAUUUAGAAAAACAAGCAGAAGAAAAACAGAAAAAAAAGGAGAAAGAGAAAUCAAAGGAUAAAUCUCAUUAACAACGACAACAAAUCUGGGCAAGGGUGUUUCUAUUGUAAAUUCAGAAUCUUUUUGUACUUAUUCUUAAUGUUUUUCUUUACUCUAAAGUCCCUGAUACAAACAAGUUUCAUUACUUAAAAUAAUGUACUGAAUAAGUGCAUGCGAAAAUGUGCUCUUUAAGGUGUGCUAUACAUUAAGAUAGGCAAUUGCAGAUGCUUGUGUGACAGGCAGAUAUUUUGCUUGUGAAAGUAACAAGUUUUACAAGAGGCUGGAAACCAUUCCUGAGAUUAUCUGUAUGCAUAAAAAACACACAACUGAGUAAAAAACAAAAAAACAUAAAAAACCCAAAAGUCUGCGUGCUGAGCACAGCUCCCACAGUGGAUUCUUCUGACAGACUGGAACCCGUGCAUCGCCCCACCAUUUUACAGCUAAAACUACUGAUAAUAAAAAGCUAAAUAAAGAAGCACGAGAGGAAAGGUGGACACAGCACUGUCCUUUGCACUGCUGCUCGGUAAGUCAGGUUUCUUCACAUCUCCUUGGACAGAACUUACUAGUAUAUAUGUAGUAGAAUAAAUGGAUAAAGUCCUUUUUAUUCUAAAGCUAACAUGUUCUUAUAGAAAAAUAUACAAAAUACAGAUUAUAUAAAAGAAACCAAAGUUACUUAGAAAUCCACUAUUCAGAUAAUCAUUAACAUAUUCAGUCUUUUUCUGUAUAUUCUCUCUAUAAAUAUAUACAUGUAAGUUUUGAACCACUUGAGUCUACACGAUUCUUAGGUAUUGUUAAUAAAGGAAUAUAUUCAUAUCCAGGUAGAAAAAAAUGUCAGUCUUAAUCCUAAUUGGUAUUAUUUUUAGCAAGGAAAACAUUUAGGGACAACCCAAGUCAUUUAGUAUUUAUUCUGAGAAUCAUUUUAGAAAUUAUUUUAAGAGUACUGAAAAUUGUGUCCCCAGAUUUCCUUGUAAUAAAAACUUCCCAGUCUAGGGCUGGCAGGAUGGCGAGGUAAGCAGAAGCACUUUGCUGCCAAGCCUGACAACCUGAGUUCAGCCCUGGAUCCCCCACAUGGUACAUAGCAGGGCAAGCUGAUCCCUGCAGGUUAUCCUCAGACUCCACACAUGCAGUGGCUCACAGCGCCCAUCCUUCACAAUAUGCUAAAUUAGUAUAGUUUUAAAAUGGUUAUUUAUGGUUAUUUAUUUAUAGUUAUAACGGUUAUUUACUUAUUAAAAAAUGAUAACUGUCUCUGGAA